GACCACACCCCGGCGCCCAGAGCCUGCCAGCGCGCACCCCGGAUCUUCGCGUGUCGCCGGCUCGAGGCGGGUGCAAAAAUUAACAAAGCUUCAUAAUCACCCCAAGACCACAUAGAGCAAACAUGAAUGAUAUUUCCCAAAAGGCCGAGCUUCUGAUUUCUUCAUCUAAACCUGUACCAAAAACCUAUGUGCCAAAACUUGGCAAGGGUGAUGUAAAGGAUAAGUUUGAAGCCAUGCAGAGAGCCAGGGAAGAAAGAAAUCAAAGGAGAUCUAGAAACGAAAAGCAAAGAAGAAAAGAACAAUAUAUUAGAGAGAGAGAAUGGAACAGGAGAAAGCAGGAGAUUAAAGAAAUGCUUGCUUCUGAUGAUGAGGAAGAGGUAUCUUCUAAAGUAGAAAAGGCUUAUGUCCCAAAGCUAACAGGAACUGUUAAAGGUAAAUUUGCUGAAAUGGAGAAACAAAGACAAGAGGAGCAAAGGAAGAGAACAGAAGAGGAACGAAAACGCAGAAUUGAGCAGGAUAUGUUAGAAAAGAGGAAGAUACAACGUGAAUUAGCAAAAAGGGCUGAGCAGAUUGAGGACAUAAACAAUACGGGAACUGAAUCAGCAUCAGAGGAAGGAGAUGAUUCACUGCUUGUAACAGUGGUACCUGUCAAAUCACACAAAACAUCUGGAAAAAUAAAAAAGAAUUUCGAAGAUCUAGAAAAAGAACAAGAAGAAAAGGAAAGGGUCAAGUACGAAGAAGGUAAAAGAAUAAGAUAUGAAGAACAACGUCGAUCUCUCAAGGAAGCAAAGUGUCUUUCAUUGGUCAUGGACGAUGAACUGGAAAGUGAGGCAAAAAUAGAGUCACUUUCUCCUGGAAAAUUGAAACUGACUUUUGAAGAAUUGGAAAGACAAAGACAAGAAAACCGAAGGAAGCAAGCUGAGGAGGAAGCAAGAAAACGUUUAGAAGAAGAGAGGCGUGCUUUUGAAGAAGCAAGGCGGCAAAUGGUAAAUGAAGAGGAGGAAAACCAAGACACAGAAAACAUUUUUAAAGGGUACCGCCCUGGUAAACUCAAACUCAGUUUUGAAGAAAUAGAAAGACAAAGGAGAGAAGAUGAAAAAAGGAAAGCAGAAGAAGAAGCCAGAAGAAGAAUAGAGGAAGAAAAGAAGGCAUUUGCUGAAGCAAGGAGAAGCAUGGUAAUAGAUGAUGACUCCCCAGAGAUGUAUAAAACAAUCUCUCAAGAAUCUCUUACACCGGGAAAACUAGAAAUUAAUUUUGAAGAAUUAUUAAAACAAAAAAUGGAAGAAGAAAGACGACGAACAGAGGAGGAACGGAAGCAUAAGCUAGAGAUGGAAAAACAGGAAUUUGAACAACUGAGACAAGAAAUGGGAGAGGAAGAAGAAGAAAAUGAAACCUUUGAACUGAGCAGGGAAUAUGAAGAAUUAAUCAAAUUGAAAAGGAGUGGCUCUAUUCAAGCUAAAAAUCUAAAAAGCAAGUUUGAAAAAAUUGGACAAUUGUCUGAAAAACAAAUACAGAAAAAGAUAGAAGAAGAACGAGCAAGAAGAAGAGCAAUUGAUCUUGAAAUUAAAGAGCGAGAAGCAGAAAACUUUCAUGAGGAAGAAGAUGUUGAUAUCAAGCCUGCAAAAAAAAGUGAGGCUCCAUUUACUCAUAAAGUGAAUAUGAAAGCUAGAUUUGAACGAAUGGCUAAGGCAAGAGAAGAAGAAGAACAAAGAAGAAUUGAAGAGCAAAAGUUAUUACGCAUGCAGUUUGAACAAAAGGAAAUUGAUGCAGCACUACAAAAGAAAAGAGAAGAGGAGGAAGAAGAAGAAGGUAGCAACAUGAAUGGCUCCACCAUUGAAGAUGAAGAGCAAACCAGAUCAGGAGCUCCAUGGUUUAAGAAGCCUCUAAAAAACACAUCAGUUGUAGACAGUGAGCCAGUUAGAUUUACUGUUAAAGUAACAGGAGAACCCAAACCAGAAAUUACAUGGUGGUUUGAAGGAGAAAUACUGCAGGAUGGAGAAGACUAUCAAUAUAUUGAAAGAGGAGAAACUUACUGUCUUUAUUUACCAGAAACUUUCCCAGAAGAUGAAGGAGAGUAUAUGUGUAAAGCAGUGAACAAUAAAGGCUCUGCAGCUAGUACCUGCAUUCUUACCAUUGAAAGUAAGAAUUAA